CCUGUGGCGCACAGCUGCCGCACCUGUACGCAGAUCUGCACCCUGCCCACCGGGAUGCGCCCUGUCUGGGCAAAUAUCACCUUCCAUUAUUUCCUCUCCCGCUCAGAAAAUACCUCAUCGGCCUCGCUCCCGCGCUUCUGCCUGUCUCAUCUGACAUGCUGGAGCUAUUGGCUUACCUUCAUGGCCCGGAGCUCGUGGCCCGGUUCCAGAGACGAUGCGGACUCUUCCUAGUCGAAGCCGCUCAUCACAGCAAAGGGAGGAGGACGCGCGCUCCGACGGGAACCCCGGUCCACGCCGACAAACCACGUGCACAGCAGCAGGGAGGAUGGGACCACCAGGACAACAAUUCAAACUAUAAAUACAAGGAGAAUGGAUUUGCUGUUGGUGGCUGCAGCGGGCCUCAGUAUGAGGUGAGGAACUGGCUGCUGCACUUCCUCUUCCUAUUCUCGUCAGGCCUGGGUCAUGAGAUCUUCUACAUCACCUGUCUGCCUUGCAUACACUGGAACCUGGACCCGUUCCUGUGCCGACGCCUCGUCAACAUGUGGACCUUGGUGAUGUAUGUCGGCCAAGUGAUGAAGGAUGUUCUGAAGCUGCCUCGCCCUUGUUCACCCCCUGUGGUUAAGCUGGAGACACGUGUCGAUGCAGAAUAUGGUCUCCCUUCAACCCACGCCAUGGCUGCCACCGCCAUCUCCUUCACCUUUUUACUAAGCGCCCCAUCAAGGAUACAGUUCCAGUUCGAGGUGGGUCUGCUGAUCGCGGUGACGUUGUCGUCCUUGGUGUGUCUGAGCCGUCUCUACACCGGCAUGCACUCACUUUUGGAUGUGAUCUGUGGCGCUUUGAUCUCAGCCGUCCUCAUGUUCCUCACCUAUCCUUACUGGGAAACCUUCGACUACUUCCAGCUCACCAGCUGUAUCUCCCCCAUUGUGGCGUUGGUACUGCCCCUCUUCCUCAGCUACACAUACCCAGAGCUGGACUAUUACAGCACCACACGGGGCGACACGACCACCAUUCUAGGAGUAGGGGCUGGAUGCUCCGUGGGAUACUGGGUGAAUGAGCAGCUUGGUCAGACUUUUGAGCCCCAGGGGGUGUUGCCUGUACCUCUCCCAACACUGACGGCUAAUGCACUAGCAGCAGGCCUUGCUCGCUUCCUGUUAGGAGUUGCAGCAUUAGUGGCAACUCGACAGAUAGUGAAAACACUGAGUCUGCAGGUGUUAUAUUCCUGGUACAGAGUGCCAAAAGGUGAUGAGAGUGCCAGGAGGAGGAGAGAAAUUGAAGUGCCAUAUAAGUUUGUCACAUAUACAGCUGUUGGACUUGUUAAUUCCAUAUUGGUCAAUAGAGUUUUCAUUCUACUGGGGCUCUACUGAUGUAUAUAUGCUAAUGACUGAUGUAUAAUGAUCUAAACUUGCAAUGACAAAAAUGUACCUCAUAUUUAUUUCAAUGUAUAUCAAUUGAUCUUUUUUUUUUUUUUUUACAUGCUAACAAUUUCAGAUUUCUCACUGGGAAUGAUUCAGAAGAGUGUGCUUCUGACUGACCUGUAACUGGGCUGAGAGCAAAUAAAAUGUUUUGCUUGUGUAGCAAUAAAGUUUUAUGACUUGUCA